UGAGAUAAGGGAGAUGGGUAAAGAAGAACAAGGAAGUUAUUCCUUAGCAAGAGAAAAGUGGUGAGCAGGUGUGCCCAUAGUGGAGAAACAAUGACGCUGCCUUUGUUUUUGGAGAAAAAGUGCUGCUUUUUUCAUUUGGAAAUCAAGAGGGAACCUUUCACCAUCAAAUAAUUGAUUCUCCUCUGUCCCUCCCCCAAAGUGGCCAUGGGCUGUUUCUGCAUCAGCAGCUUUCUCCUUGAGCAGGGGCAGGUGUCUCUUGUUGAGAUGUGCAGAGCAGAGCCAGGGUCAGUCCUGUGAAUACAAUAGAGGACACAGUUCACUGGUUCUUGAUUUUGAACCAAAAGGCAGAGUGGGCACUGAUUGGCAUCAACCAUGAAAUCAACUGGUGAAUGUUGUGCAGCUUCAAGUGCUGAUUUCAGUGGAUGUUGGUGGCUUUUGGAGUGUGUCUGCUGAGUUCAAGGACAGGGGCAGCGUCACUGCACCGAGUUUACACUUCGACCUCGCUGAGCUCGACUUCGGGGACAUCUCCUUUGGCUUUCCCUACACGCAGUGCUGCCGCCUCACCAACAGCUCCGCGGUGCCCCUGACGUUCCAGCUCCGCAUGUCAGACGAUGGCACACAGCCGGCUGUGGACAGCGUGGAUCAGAUCCGCAGGGACACCGACCCGGCCUGGAGCAAGGGAAUCCAUUUCCAUGUGGAGCCCAGGGAGUUCACCAUCAAUCCCAGCCAAGGCACCAUCCUCCCCCAGGGACACCAGGACAUCGAGGUGACCCUGUGCUCCAACACGGUGAUGGAGUUCUAUCGGAGAUUGCUGGUGGACCUGGAGGGUAUUGGCAAGGGAGUGGCAGCCCUGAUCAUCACAGCCAGAUGUCUCGUUCCUGAGCUCCAAGUGUCCUCCCCAGUGCUGCUGUGUGAUGAGUGCCACCUGAAGGUGCCCUAUGAGAGGAAGAUCCUCAUUAGGAAUCCCAGCCACCUUCCUGGCUGCUACGGGCUUAUUCCCCAGAAACGCAAGGAGGACUCUGCUGUGCUCUACUCCAGCCCCAAGCCCUGUGGGAUUGUGCAGCCCCAGAGCACAGCAGAGAUCCCAAUUGUGGUGGCUGUGCAGGCCCUGGGCACUCAUCGCACCGACGUUCUCAUCAGCGUGUUCGGGGAUGAGAGAAACCCUCUGAGAGCACAAUUACGGAGCUCAGGACGGCUGGCAGAAAUCUCCCCAAGCCCAAGGCUGGCAGAGCUUGGCAGGAUCCCAGCACCACAGCCUGUAGAUGAGCUCCACCCACCUAAAUUCAAACCCCAGCCACCGAAGGAGAGGAGAACCAGUCUGGAAUCCCCGGCAUCUCGAUGGAGGCACUUCAGGACUGGAAAGGCUUUCAGUAUCCUGCCACUGCCAGGUGUGCUGCAGCCAGGAGAGAGCCAGCAGGUCUCCUCCACCUUCUCUGGCAACCUCACCACCACCUGCAAUGUCCCGGAGCUGUGCCACAUGGAGGGAGGCUCCACCUACAAGGUGCUGGUGCCCAGGGCAGCCUCACGUGUCAGCUCCUCCCUGAGCCCCCAGGAGAUCAACUGUGGCUCUCAGGCCCCUCUCAGGGACAGAAGGGAGCUGAAGGAGCCAGCUCAAAAGGUCAAGGAGGAGGCAAAAGCCCUAGAGGAGGAAGAGAGGAGGAAGGAGGAAGAGAGGCAGAAGAAGGGAAAGAAGAGUGUCUCUGUUGGGAAGCAACCUCCAAUACCAGCAAAGGGGAAAACCAAGACCCGAGAGAAUAAGGAAACCAAAAUCCCAAAAAAGGAAACCAAAAUCCCAGAGAGGAAGGAAAUCAAAAUCCCAGAGAAGAAGGAAAGCAAAGCAUCAGAAGGGAAGAAAAUGAAAGCAUCAGAGAAGAAGGACACCAAAGCAUCAGAGAGGAAGGAAACCAAAAUCCCAGAGAAGAAGGAAGCCAAAAUCUCAGAGAAGAAGGAAGCCAAAGACCCAAAGAAGGGGGAACCCAAAGCCAUCAAGAAGGGGGGAACUGAAAUCCCAAAGGACUAAGCUAAGAUGGGGAAGAACUCUUUAUUCUUUAUUCAUACAACUCAUUUUACACAGUUUAACAGACCUUGUGUGCAUCUUUAGUUCGUUCAUAGAUUUCUUAUCAGUUAGUCGAUUAUUGGUUAAUAAAAUAGA